CCCACGGCGGCAGCACCACGACCGACCGGGAUCCUCGAGGUGCCAGCCCAUGGCCGAGCCUGCCCUCCUCCCCGCCGCCCAGAUGGAGAGGCUGGCCCCAGGGCCCCUAGCCUCACCGUGUCCUCGGAUCCCGCGGGCCCGCAUUGCCAGGCGCUGCGCCCAGCGCUGGGCCGACCUGGGCUGCAGCUCUGGCCCCUCCUCAGGCCGAAUGGAUCAGCUUCCCCAGAAGAAUCUCCUGCGACUACACCCUGCUGGCUCUGCUGGCUGUUCCACUGGAGUGGAGAGCUCCAGCAUGGAUGGCUUUUGGAUGGAGGUGGAACAGAUCCAACAGAGAGAUGAGCUGAGGGAAGAGGACAGUGGCGGGAAUGAAGGCCAGCUUCCAGAGGAAGGGGAAGCUGAAUCCCAGUGGCUGCAGGACACAGGCCUGUCGGGCCUCCUUGGUGGCCUGGGCUUGGAUGGUGAUCACCAGGAGCUCCUGUCCACCCUGACACAGACCCAGGUGGCCGCUGUGUGCCGCCGGCUGGACAUCUAUGCUCGCUCAGUGCGAAGACAACACAAGACACCUGUCAGAGAUGUCAGGGAUGUCUUUGGGGUCUUCAAUUCAGGGAAAAUGUCGUCAGAGAAUGGGGACUCCGGUAUGAAGGGGGCCCAGCUCAGUUCCGGGGCCUCUAAGUCUCCUCCAGCAGCAGAGACUGGGGGGCUGCAGGAGCAGGCUGGGAGGGAAGAAGCCUUCAACAUGGACUCUGCCUACUCAGAACAAGCUGCGGUGCUCCUGCAGAGGAGCAGGCCAUCCCGGGGAGGCACCUCUGCCUGGGGCAAGUGUUCCCUGCCGAAGUUUACCGUCCCCAAAGGCAGACUUGGCGUGACGAGGAUAGGAGACUUGUCCCUGCAGGAUAUGAGGAAGGUACCUUCUCUGGCCCUCAUAGAGCUGACCGCGCUCUGUGACAUCCUCGGCUUGGACCUGAAGAGGAGCAAGGCGGGGAAGUGGAAAGCGGCAGAAACUCGCCUCUUUGGUGUGCCCCUUGACAGCCUGCUAGAAGCUGACCACAAAGUCCUCCCCAGCACACAGGUCCCGCUGGUCCUUCAAGCCCUGCUGUCCUGUUUGGAAAAGAGAGGACUGGACAUGGAAGGCAUUCUCAGGGUGCCCGGAUCCCAGGCCAGGGUCAAGGGGCUGGAACAGAAACUGGAGAGAGACUUCUAUGCUGGCCUUUUUAGUUGGGACGAGGUUCAUCACAAUGAUGCCUCUGAUUUGCUCAAAAAGUUCAUCCGGAAGCUGCCGACACCUUUGCUCACAGCUGAGUACCUCCCGGCCUUCGCCGUGGUGCCUAACAUCCCCAACCUGAAGCAGCGCCUGCAGGUUCUUCACCUGCUCAUCCUCAUCCUCCCAGAACCCAACAGAAAUGCCUUAAAGGCACUGCUGGAAUUCCUCAGGAAGGUGGUGGCCCGGGAACAGCACAACAAGAUGACUCUGAGGAAUGUUUCCACCGUGAUGGCCCCUAACCUCUUUCUGCACCAAGGGCGGCCCCCCAAGCUCCCCAAAGGCAAGGAGAAGCAGCUGGCAGAAGGGGCAGCCGAGGUGGUGCAGAUAAUGGUGCACUACCAGGAUCUGCUGUGGACGGUCGCCUCUUUCCUGGUCGCCCAGGUGCGAAAACUGAACGACAGUAGCAGCAGGCGCCCCCAGCUCUGCGACGCAGGCCUCAAGACUUGGCUGCGGAGGAUGCACGCAGACAGGGACAAGGCGGGGGACGGCCUGGAGGCGACUCCCAAGGUGGCAAAGAUCCAGGUGGUCUGGCCUAUCAAGGACCCCUUGAAGGUGCCUCUCACCCCCAGCACCAAAGUGGCCCACGUGCUGAGGCAGUUCACAGAGCACCUCAGCCCUGGUUCCAAGGGUCAAGAAGACAGUGAGGACAUGGACAGCCUCCUUCUACACCAUAGGUCCAUGGAGUCAGCCAACAUCCUCCUCUAUGAAGUUGGAGGGAAUAUCAAUGAGCAUCGCCUGGACCCAGAUGCCUACCUCUUAGAUCUGUACCGUGCCAACCCGCAUGGUGAGUGGGUCCUUAAACAGAACCCCACCUAAACCCUGCGAGUCUCAGGAGCAGCCUGGAUGCCUCCUCCUCUCCCCCGCUGGCUCUGUGUCCAUGUACCCAGCAUGAGAACAAAGCUAUUCCAGGGGAAGGUCUGAGUUUUAUUCCAAGGCAUCCUUCUCUGAAAUGCCUCUCAGACCCCUCAGAAAUAGACUCAGGGGUGGUGCUCUCUCCACUCAGAGGGGAUGAGGGGCUAGGGCCUCAGGGAGGGGAGGCCAACACUGUAGCCAUGAUCAGCCCUGGAAGAACUGGACAGAGGAAGAACUUCCCUUCACAGCUCUCAUGUUUUAACCAUGCACACAAUGCCCUCACUCCCCUCCACCCCCCAGCCCUCCAGAGAGUUGCUUCCUACACCAAGCUUGCUGUAUGAUGCCACCACUUGUGGCGCUUGGAUCUCCAUGGGCUUCUGUCUGUGGCCUCCAGACUGGAGGAAAAUUAGAAAUGCAGCACCUUUAUCAAGAGGUAGUUGGGGUCUUUCCCCCCCAGGCAAAAUUGCUUCGAAAGUGGCCCUACAAUGUAUAGCAGCAGCAGCACCAGAGACAAAACCAGGAGAGCUCUGUGACCUUGGACAAGACCCUUGCCCUCUCAGAAUCCUUUCAGGAUGAGGGGCUAGGGCCUCAGGGAGAGGAAGCCAACAUUGUAGCCAUGACCAGCCCCGGGAGAAAUGGACAGAGGAAGACUUUGCUUCACAGCUCUCAUGCUUUACAUGUUGAUUUGUACAAUCUUGUCAUUUUGUAAUAUGAUAUAAUAUGUAAAUGUAAUUGUUUAAACAGUAAAGGCACAACAAGUUCAAUGUCA